CCGGCUGCCGCUCGCACGCCUGGUCUCUCGCGGCCCUUGCGUGCCCGGCUCCCAGCGCCCCGGGGAAGCGCCUUCGGAGCCGUAGCCCCCCUCGAAGGAGGGUGACUUCCUUUUGGGACCCCCACCUGAGGAAGCCUGGAGGCCAGGGGAGCUGGCCAAGGACUGGGAUCCUGGGCCUGCAGGGGAGAUCUGCUGGCCCCAGGGAACCCCCACUGAGGACAGCCUAGCUCUGGUGGCCCGGAUGCUGGAGGAGGCAGCUCUGCCCACUGAAGGCACAGUACGUACCCAGGAGGAGGAGGAGGAUGGAGCAGCCCCCUCUGCACUCUUGGCAGCCCCUUCCCAGGAGCCUGUGACCUUCAAGGAUGUGGCCGUGGACUUCACUCAGGAGGAGUGGGGGCGGCUGGGCCCCUCUCAGAGGCAGCUGUACCAGGAUGUGAUGAUGGAGAACUACCAGAACCUGGUCUCCCUGGGCUGGGAGACUAGGAACCAGACCCAGGAGAAAACUUCAAAAGAGAAUAUUCCUGAAGAAGAACCACCAGCUGAAAGACCAGCAACAGGUGAUCACUGCUCCAUUUUGAGGAUCACAGAGGAAUGUGGGAGCCAGACAGUGAGGCCCCAGGGAAAGGAAGAGAGGUGCUUGAGGCAAAUGACUAAACAUCAUAAGAUUGACACUGGAAUGAAACAUAAAUGUAAUGAAUGUGAGAAGGCCUUUAAUAACCGCUCAGCCCUUACUGUACAUCAGAGAAUCCAUACGGGAGAGAAGCCUUAUAAAUGUAAUGAAUGUGAGAAGGCCUUUAAUAACCGCUCAGCUCUUACUGUACACCAGAGGAUUCAUACCGGAGAGAAACCUUAUAAAUGUAACGUAUGUGGGAAAACCUUCAGUAACAGCUCCUACCUGACUGUACAUCAGAGGAUUCACACAAGAGAGAAGCCUUAUAAAUGUACUGAAUGUGGGAAGGCCUUCAGCAACAGUUCCUACCUCAUUGUACAUCAUAGGAUUCAUACUGGAGAGAAACCUCACAAAUGUAAUGAAUGUGGGAAAACCUUCAAUCAUCAUUCAGAACUUAUCGUACAUCAGAGGACUUACACUGCAGAGAAGCCUUACAAGUGUACUGAGUGUGGGAAAGCUUUCAGCAGCAGCUCCUACCUUAUUGUACAUCAGAGGAUUCACACUGGAGAGAAACCUUAUACAUGUGAUAUGUGUGGAAAAGCCUUCUGUAAAUCCUCUGUCCUUGUUCAGCAUCAGAGGAUUCAUACAGGAGAGAAGCCUUUCAAAUGUACUGAAUGUGGGAAAGCCUUCAGACAGUGGUCAAGCCUUAUCAAACAUCAAAAGAUUCAUAGUGGAGAGAAGCUUUUUAAAUGUCAAGAAUGUGGCAAAGCCUUUAGUCAUCGAUCAGAACUUGUUGAACAUCAGAGGAUUCAUACUGGAGAAAAACCUUAUAAAUGUAGCGAUUGUGGGAAAGCCUUCAGGCACCAUUCAAACUUUAGUAAACAUCAGAAGAUUCAUACAGGAGAGAAGCCUUAUAAAUGUGAAGAAUGUGGGAAAACUUUUACACGUAGCACAAACCUAACUCGACAUCAAAAGAUACAUUCCAGAGAGAAAAGCUAGCCAUAUCUAAUUUAGUCUAGCUUUAUCUCUUUGCAGUAAAUGUGUUUUCUGAAAGAAUAUAAUCAAUCAACAAGCAUUUGUGUGCUAGACAGUCUUUGAGGUGCCAGCGUCCAGUCUUUCACUCUUAUUCAUUUAAUGGUGGAAUUUAAACUAUUCACAUAUAAAUAAUAACUUUAAUUUGUCUUCUGGUAAUUUCUUAUUGUUCAUGUUACCCAGAGGUAAUAAAAUCCAUUUCACCUUUAAAACUCAGUUAAUAAAACAAGUUGUAUUAUG